UGGUUGCUAUGGCAAAAAAUAGAUGAAAAGUAUGGUGAAUAUGGUAUGAAAAUAUUUUCAUGAAACUUGAAGUAUGGCAAUACAGCCUUAUAGAUAUUUAUUAUUGAUAAUAAAAUUAUGUACAUGUAUGAUUGCACCAAAAAAUGUCAAAAUGUAAAAUUCUUUGUAGAGAAAUUGUCCAUUGCAAUAAGAUUGAUUUUCAAUGAAGGACAUUUGAUUUGAUGUUCUUGAGAUAUAUUAGGCCACUGUAUGUUGAACAGACUGACUAAAACCACAAAUUUUACAGUAUACAAUUGGCAUGUUUGAAAAUUACUGUAUAAAUCUGUUACAGAAUUAUUUGUAUGAUAAUUUAUGUUGUAGGAGAUAAAAAGACUCAAAGUAGAAGAUUCUCCUAAACAAAAACAGCUAGAAUAUGAAAAGGCUAAAUCAGAAUGGCGGAAAGAGCUGAUAGAACAGUAUGACAAAACCCUGCUGCAGGUUCCUACAAUACCUUUACAACCAAAAAGUAAAAAAUGUAGCUUUAAUGAGAUUUAUAUUAGGCCCAAAUUAUGAGGGAAAUGAAAGAAGAAAAGGGAGAGAUAAAGGAAGUGGAGGUUAAAACAAUGUCUGAAAUGUUCACAUAUAAUGGCGUUCCCCAAAAAUCUGUGUAUAUUCUAGGAGAUGCAGGGUCAGGAAAAACUAGUUUUUGUAAAUACCUGGUCAACUGUUGGUGUUGGCACAUAGUGAGCAACAAGAAGCUAACAAUGAAAAUGAGGACCAUGGGGGUGGAAAUGAAAAACAUGGAGGUGACAAUGAGGGUGAUAAUGAAGAACAUGUUGGUGAUAAUGAAGAACAAUGGAGGUGACAAUGAAGAACAUGUAGGUGAUAAUGAAGGACAUGGAGGUGAUAAUGAAAAUGAAGCUGACUAUAAAAAUGAGGAGCAUUUGGGCAGAAAUGAAAAACAUGGAGGCAACAAUGAAGAACAUGGAGGUGAAAAUCAAGAAAAUGAAGGUGAUAUUGAAGAACCUGGGGUAGAUAAUGUAAAUGAAGGUGGCAAUGAAAAUGAAGCUGACAAAAAAAAUGAGCAUGGACGUGAUAAUGGACGUGAUAAUGAAGAACAUGGAGGUGAUAAUAAGAAACAUGAAAAUGAAAAAGAAAGUGAAGAUAGCAGUGGGAAAUAUGGAAAUGACGGUAAAAAUGAAGGUAGCAAUGACAAGCAUGGAGGUGACAAUGAAGAACAUGAAAAACAUGCAGAUGGCAAUGAAAAUGAAGGUGGUGAUGAGAAACAUAAAGAACGUGAAAGUGACAUUGUAAAUGAAGAGGUAAAAGAGGAAUAUGGAGGAGAUAUUGAAAAUGAAACAAAUAUGGUCCAUAUUAAGAAACAUGGAAAUGAUUGUGAUGACAUGCAGGAUGAAAGUGAUGAUGUAGCAAAACUCUGAAUUAUACAGUGAUGACUCUGAUGGUGACUUGACAGACUCUGAAUUCGACAGUGAAUGACUUUGAAUAUGACAAAAGUUAUGAUCUUAAAUUCAAUGGUGUAAAAGAGAUGAAAAGAUUUUAUUUUUUAUUUUACAUCCCUCUUAGACAGUAUCAAAACAUUAACACUAUUGAUGAAAUGCUUCAACAACGUUAUCAAAUGAAAAUGUUAAACACACUUCUUGAAGAAGAAUCCUCUAGAGUUAUUAUCUUGCUUGAUGGCUUAGAUGAAUGGUCAUC